AUGGCUGAAGUUAAUGUGACGUAUGUCACCGAAUUCAUCCUCAAGGGGAUUACGGACCGGCCGGAGCUUCAGGUGCCCUGCUUCGUGGUAUUCUUAGUCAUCUAUCUGGUCACAGUGGUGGGCAACGUCGGCUUGAUCGCCUUGAUCCGGCUGGAUGCUCGACUCCACACCCCCAUGUACUACUUCCUCAGCCAUCUGGCCUUUGUGGACCUUUGCUACUCCUCAGCCAUUACUCCCAAGAUGAUGGUGAAUUUUGUCGUGGAGCGCAACACCAUUCUUUUUCACGCGUGCGCAGCUCAGCUGGGCUGCUUCCUGACCUUCAUGAUCACGGAGUGCUUCCUUCUCGCCUCCAUGGCCUACGACCGCUAUGUUGCCAUCUGCAGCCCGUUGCAUUAUUCAACGCUGAUGUCAAAGACAGUCUGCGUCAGGCUGGUGGCCGUGCCCUACGCCUACAGCUUUCUGGUUGCGCUCUUCCAUACCAUCAUCACCUUCCGCCUGGCUUAUUGCGGCCCCAAUGUCAUCAAUCAUUUCUACUGCGACGACCUCCCCCUCUUGGCUCUCUCCUGUUCAGACACACGCGUGAAGGAAAUUCUCAUUUUUGCCUUUGCUGGCUUCGACAUGAUCUGUUCUUCUUCUAUCGUCCUCAUCUCCUACCUCUUCAUCAUCGCUGCCAUCCUGAGGAUCCGUUCCACCCAGGGGAGACGCAAAGCCAUUUCCACCUGUAGCUCCCAUAUGCUGGCUGUCACUAUUUUUUAUGGCACGCUGAUCUUCAUGUACCUACAGCCCAAGUCAAACCACUCCUUGGACACAGACAAAAUGGCCUCUGUGUUUUACACAGUGGUGAUUCCCAUGUUAAACCCCCUAAUCUACAGUCUAAGGAACAAAGAGGUGAAAGAUGCUUCGAAGAAAGCCUUAAAAAUAUUAAAAGUAAGAAUAUGA